AUGGUGGACAAUGUUGGCUUCCGAGAUCUCGUUCGUGCACUCGAUCCCCGAUAUCAAAUUCCAUCACGACCUGUCUUCUCGGAGAGCGUCAUCCCGAGCUUGUAUCACGAAGUAAAGAGGAACCUGAAGGCGGACUUAGCAAACACUGUGGGAGGAAUCAGUUUUACAACCGACAUGUGGCGGAGCGGACAACACACUGAAUAUAUGUGUGUCACGCUUCACUGGAUUGUGUUCGACGAGCAAAAUAACGAAAUGAAACAACGCAGUGCACUGGUUAGCAUCGAGGAAUUUCCCGAGGCGGCCACAGCGAAUAACAUCCGACAAAGACUUGAGGAAGUUUUCAGCGAGUGGUGCGGAGAGGUUGGAAGGGGAAAGGAUUGUGUCAUUAUUUUCGGAGUUUCUGACAACGGAGCAAACGUAAAAAAAGCACUGCUCGACGCCGCGGAUGAAGGGAAGAUAUUCGGAUGGGUUUCUUGUUUUGCCCAUAAUCUAAACCUGACAGUUCAACACGCCGUGAAGACCCAACGAAACGUCGCCGACGGGCUUACCAUCCUCAGGAAGGUGGUUUCCAAAGUCCUGAACUCCACCCCAAUCAAACGCAGGUUCGAAGAACUGCAAAGGCUUCAUUACCCAGGAAGGAGGCAGCAUUUACAUCUACAUCCUGAUGUCCCGACAAGAUGGAAUUCGGUACUAACAAUGCUUGAGUCCAUCUUGCCGCAACGCUUGGCUGUCGAGGCGUUGAUCCAAGAUAGGGUGAUGCAAUCUCACCACGACAUAGUCCUCCCUCACGUCUUCAAUUACUGGACUGAUGUAUGUGACGCCAUGGAGGAGCUGGUCAAGAUUCUUCGGCCAUUCCAUGAGGCGACGUUGAUUUGCAGCCAAGAGAAAUCGACCCUAUCUUCCUACGUCCCGACAUCGAAGGGUCCGUCGGUGUCGGUAACAGGCGCUCCGGCUGAAGGUGUUGGUUCGACCAAGGAUCUGCUGCUGAAUGGUUUGAAUAAGAUAACAGCGGAUCGAAUUCUCCGAGAAGGCAACUGUCACGUCUACUUUGCAGCAACUCUUCUUGACCCACGGUACAAAAAGAAGUUUGUGCCACGAGAAAGACUUGAUAGAGUGAUCGCGUCCCUGGUCGAGGCAGCUGUCUUCAUGGCAAAGGAUGAUGAGAUAGGUCAGCAGAACGAGGAAGGUGAUCUCAGCGACACACAGCAAUAUCCCCGGGAUGAUUUUCAACCGGACGAUCCAGUGGGUGAUUUCAGCGAUGACGAAGCUCAUGAGGUACACGAUGACGAUGUUGCUGUUGAGAGCCAAGCGUCACUGAUGGCGAGUAUUGUGGCUGCAGCUACUGACGACGAUGACGACGGUACAGCCGAUCGGGCUCAGAUGCUUUCUGUGAAGGAGCGCGUCAACGCCGAAUUGACAAGCUACAUCAACGAACCGGCAAUGGAAACCACAGCGAGCACUCAAGCAGUACUGAAAUACUGGCAACAAAGCAGACAGUCAUUUCCAAUUCUUUCGCGGAUAGCUAUGUCAUACCUCGCUUGUCCGAUGUCAAGUGUGUCUUCGGAGAGAAUGUUUUCUCUGGCUGGCAACAUUCUCACUAAAAAGCAAUGUGCUAUGAAAUCAGGGAAUCUCAACAAGUUGGCUGUGAUCAAGGUUAAUCGCCACUAUCUUCAAUAAAUUGAAACAAACGUAAACGAAAAUAUGAAUCUAUUCUGAUUUCAUACAUUACGUCCAUUUCUUAUAAUAGAACUACAUUUCUAAAACUUUCAGUCUAUUCCGGUAUUGUUUAUUUAUGUUUUGCUGAAUAUUAUAACGUUAAACAGCAACUUCAAUUUCAAAGAAUUGAUGAAACAAAAUCAUGUUUUACUUUUGACGUGUGUUGAAGAAUUGAAGUCAAAAUAAUCAUUUUUAAUGUUAGUGUUACAUGUUAUGGUCAAUAAAAGUGUGGCAACUUUUUGGUCUUAAAUAAGAUACAGUUUGUAGAAAAGUCACUGUAAGUCCAUGAUCGUCAUUUUUAGUCCAUGAUCAACCCAAGUUGUAUUAAAACAGAAUACAUGCAGACUUUAGUCAUCUCAAGUAAAUUUUCAGAUUUAAAAAGGAUUUGCUUGUAAAAGAGUA